AAUUUAUUAAGUAUUUUAUAAAGUUCAGGUAAAACUGAGAUCAGUGCAGUUUUUUCAAAGGUUACAUCAUGCUUUAAAAUUAUCAAUGUGUUGUCUGAGAGUCUCUUGGAUUUUGGACGUUGUAAAUCCAUAAGUUUACACAGAUGAAAAGAAACUGAAACUCAGUGGAGCAUUUCCCGUAAUGGACACACCCUGAAAGAUAUACCAUUCCUGCUUUCAGAACGAACGAUCAGCCUUAGAAGCGACAUCUGCCUUAAACAUGUGGACAGAGAGUGACUUGUAUCCAGGUGUGCCAUGUCUCCAAACAAAUACAGAGCCUGUGAGUGGUAAAAUAUACCGAAUGUAUCACGGGACUACUGAAAGAGCAGCAGAAGAGAUCAAAGUCAAUGGCUUUCAGCAAUCUCAAGAUGGAAUGCUGGGACGUGGCGUCUACCUCAGCCGAGAUCUUAACAAGGCCAGCAGAUACCCGCUUGAAUCGCCACAUGAGAGAGUUGUUAUAAGAGUGAAGGUUGAUGUUGGGAGAGUGAAGAAGAUUAAUCAGAAAAGUCAUCCAAUGCAGAAAACCUGGCAUGAUAAUGGCUACGACACUGCCUGGUGCCCUCCAAAAUGUGGCAUGGUGCCAAGUGGUCUUGAGGAAGACUGUGUUUGGGAUCCCAAGCGAAUCACUGUUAUUGAUGUAAUUCCACCAAGCCUUCAAAACACUAUUUCAGCUGAUCCAGUUGAAGGCAAAACCUACACAAUGUUUUAUGGCACUUCUAAAGAGGAUGCAGAAAAAAUCAAAGCAAAUGGUUUUUACCAGUCUAACGGCACACUUGGACGUGGAGUUUACCUCAGCCGAGAUGUAGAAAAGGCCUUUAAUGUCCCUACGCAUCUACCUAUGCAUCAGAGAAGCGUUCUGAGAGUGAAGGUUGAUGUUGGGAGAGUGAAGAAGAUUGAUCAUCAACGUCAUCCAAUGCAGAAAACCUGGCAUGAUAAUGGCUACGACACUGCCUGGUGCCCUCCAAAAUGUGGGAUGGUGCCAAGUGACCUUGAGAAAGACUGUGUUUGGGAUCCAAGACGAAUCACGGUCAUCGAUGUCAUUCGUCCAAUCUUUGCUCAAGUAGCAGACCAUAAACAGAGGGCUACCAUAAACAGGGGCUGGGCCAGGCAUUUCCUGGGAGCAAAUAGCUUGAAUUCGACGAUUGGUGCAAACAUGUGGGGUGAAAAUGGUUCAACUUUCCUCCAAGGCAACACAGAUCCAAGAUCAGGUCAAGUCUACACAAUGUAUCAUGGCACAUCCAUGGAGGCUGCAAAGAAAAUUAGAAAAGAGGGAUUUCGUCAGUCUGAUGAUGGCAUGCUGGGACGUGGUGUCUACCUCAGCCGAGAUCUACAGAAGGCCUGCAGGUAUCCUAUGAAUCUAAUGGCAUACCAGAGAGUGGUUCUGAAAGUGAAAGUCAGUGUUGGGAAAGUGAAGAAGAUCGAUCGUCAAGGUCAUCCACGGCAGAAAACCUGGCAUGAUGAUGGGUAUGACACUGCCUGGUGCCCUCCAAAAUGUGGCAUGGUGCCAAGUGGUCUUGAAGAAGACUGUGUGUGGGACCCACAGCGGAUUCAGGUCAUUGAAAUGAUGUACCCAUUUUUAGAAGUUAGUCUCAAACAACCAGAUGAGGGUAAAGUCUACAGAAUGUACCAUGGCACAACAAGGGAGGCUGCUGAAAAAAUCAAAUUCUCUGGCUUCAAACAAUCUUCUCAAGGGAUGCUUGGGCCUGGUGUCUACCUCAGCCGAGAUCUACAGAAGGCCUCCAGAUACCCACUAGACUUACCUGAGAACCAGAGAGUAGUUCUGAGAGUGAAGGUCAAUGUUGGUAAAGUGAUAAAGAUUGAUCGUCAAGGUCAUCCGAAGCAGAAAACCUGGCAUAGUUAUGGGUAUGAUACUGCCUGGUGCCCUCCAAACUGUGGCAUGGUGCCAAGUGGUCUUGAGGAAGACUGUGUUUGGGAUCCAAAACGAAUCACAGUCAUUGGUGAAAUACGCCCCCAGCCACAAAUGCGAGGACCGUAUGGUGUCUGCCCUGAGCGUUAUUAAGUGUGCUUUCCGAUGAAGUUUGGAAUUCUGAAAUAUUUGUUGAAAAUGUCAUACCAGCUGUUAAAUUUAAUCUGCUCAUGUUCUGUGAAAUGAUGAUCAUAUUGUACAUUAGCAACCUUUUACUAGGUAUGAAUAAAUCAAACACUUCAUGUACAAA